CUAUAGUGGCCGAGUUGCGAGAGAGAGAAAGAUGUUUAACUCCGUGAAUCUGGGUAACUUCUGCUCCCAGACGCGCAAAGACCGGACAUCCGAGUUUGGGGACAGAACAGGCUGCGCGUCCAACAUCUACCUCCCCAGCUGCACCUACUACGUCCCCGAGUUUUCGGCCGUCUCCUCGUUUCUUCCGCAGGCCCCUUCCCGGCAAAUCAGCUACCCUUAUUCCACGAAUCUGUCUCAAGUGCAGCCGAUGCGAGAAGUUUCGUACGGCUUGGACCCCGCUAGCAAAUGGCACCACAGGAGCAACUAUGCGUCGUGCUAUUCGGGAGAUGAUCUGGUGCAUAGAGACUGUCUUCCACCAUCCACCAUGACAGAAAUGCUGAUGAAGAACGAAAGCGUUUACAGCCACCACCAUCACCACCAUGCCCACGCGGGCUCCAAUCACCCUUCCACAGGCUUUUACUCCGGCAUGGGGAAAAACAACGUCCUCCCACAAGGCUUUGACCGCUUUUUCGAGACCGCAUACUGCAGCAGCACGGACAAUCAGACAGACAAUUGUUUACAAAAGGGCGAGGGGGGCAAGCUGGAAAGCGACUCCCAACAGCAGCAGCAGCAACAACAGCAGCAGCAGCAACAAGCCACAGCCGCUGUAGCCGGAGCUCCAGAGCCGGGAAAAGACUCGGACGAUGAGGAGGAACACACGAAUUCAGGCUCCUGCACUUCUUCCUCCGCCACAGCUAAGGACGGCAGCACCAGCAAGAGCAGCCACUCGAGCGUCCCUCGAACAAGGAAGAAGCGGUGUCCCUAUUCCAAGUUUCAGAUUCGAGAACUGGAGCGGGAAUUCUUUUUCAACGUUUACAUCAACAAGGAGAAGAGGCUCCAGCUUUCCCGAAUGUUGAACCUAACCGACCGCCAGGUCAAAAUCUGGUUUCAGAACAGAAGAAUGAAAGAGAAGAAGCUGAGCAGAGAUCGCCUGCAGUACUUCUCUGGAAACCCCCUGUUGUGAGCAGAAAGAGUGUCACAAGAGGCAUGCAGGCCUUCUCCUUCUUCUCCUCAUCUUAUUGAAUGAAUGGUAAUCGUGGGCAGAACCGUGUUUUUUUUUUCACAAAAAGGAGCCCAUAUCACCAACAGUGCAAUGUGAAAAAAGUGGACAGUGGAAGAAAAUAGGCCUUAAAUGAGGAAGGGGGUGGGGGUGUCGCCAUUUUCUUUUUUGCCCUGUGGGGCGGCGAUGAAUUUCUAACUUAUUUUACCCCCAUCUGACAGAAAGGCCUAUAAUAGAAAAAUCAUUUAUAUGCUGGUCUUGAAAACGUCCUAUUUAUCUUGACUCUCUGUUUGUCUUUAACCUACUGUUCUUAUAGGCAAAUUUGUUAAAAUAUCAGCAGACAACUUUAAGCUCUUACUCCAGUCUCUGGUCAGUGUAUAUAGCAUAUCAGUAUCUAAAAUAUU